UCUAUCAUCCUUGUUAACAUGGAUAUGCCACACCCCGAUUUCCUCUGUCAUAAACCUGAAGCUAAGGAAACCGGAAGAAUGAAUAGUUCAAGGCACCGUCCGUUACACACUUGUGGACUUUCCAUCUUAGUCAUUGUUGAUAUUAUCAUAGGAAAAACCCAACAUAUGAAUGGACCAUUAGGUUCAACGUUGAAAAGGGUAACGAAGUUAGCCAAAUUCGCCGUGCCCCUUAUCUACGCCAUGCAAAUCUAUUGGCUUACAAUUCUCUCCUUCAUCGAUGAUGCCAUUCUAGCAAUUGAAAAAGUUAUAGAGAAACUGUUUCCCCAUUCAACACGUGUGUUCGACAAAGUUGAUGAAAUUGUGGUAAUGAUAGUGUCCUUUCCCGAGAAAUUUGAAGGUGCAAUGAACAAGUUUCCUACAAUAAUCCGUGAGUUCCCCUUUCUGAAUCGGGCACUGACCCUUAUGAUCUCAAGGUGGAACACGAGAACAACAGGUGUUGAUAGGAGUUGCAAUGAAGGGUACAUGGAUUUGGAAAACUUUCCUCCUAUAAUAUCAGAGUGUGAAUAUAAAGGGAUUCAUGACAUUGCAUUGCAGAGUCUCGUAAAAGGGUCAUACAAGGAAGCUUUGGAGAGAGGGAAAGAAGAUGACCCACAAGAGAAAAUGGAGAUAGGGUGUGAGGUUGAGAAGAAGGUAGAUAAAGGUGAUUAUUGUGAAUGCAAAGAAGGAAGAGAGAAGAAUCAUAUGAAUAAUAAAGAGUGUGAUGAUGCUAUUGUGAAAUGUCUUGUUGGAGAAAGUGUGAAAGAUGGUAGUUAAUUUACCAAAUUUAUCACUUGACAAUUAUGAUUAUAAUCCAUCUAUAUUGGAUUGUUUCUUUUAAUAUUUUCAUAUUUUUGUAU